AUGGUGCUAGAAGCCGUGCAGGCCCUCAAUAAGCCGAAGGGCGCUUCGGCCUUCGCGAUAAGACAUUACAUCCUCCACCAGUACCCGGGCGUCGAUCCAGUGAGGCUGAAGUACUACCUGAAGCAGGCCUUGGUAAAAGGCGUCGACCAAGGGUACCUGGUCAGGCCUACCAACUCUUCUGCGCAGGGCGCUUCCGGAAGCUUCAAGCUAGGGAAGGAGAGGGCCCCGCAGGGGAAAGGCCUCAAGAAGAAGUCUUCCGACAAGAAAACCGCAGCCAAGCCGGUGGGAGAGGUGGCGAAACUGCCCAAAGUCAAAGAGAAGGCACCUCCGCAGAAAUUGAAGGGCAAAGGUGCUGAGCAGGUGAAAAAGAAGGCGACGAGCACAAAGCCCAAGGGGGCUCUUGGCGGUGGUGGAGCCGCAGCUUCUGGGGCCAAGCCCAAGGCAAAAGCCUCGGGCGAGAAAGCUGCCAAAGCUACCAAGCAGCCAGGGGCACCAAAGGCCUCCCAGGCGAAACCAGCCAGCAGCCUGAAGAAAGGUGCCCCUAAGACCAAGGCCGAGCUGAAAGGCGUUCCGGAGACCAAGGCCAAAUCCAAGCCGUCGGGGGCUGAAAAAGCCAAAGAUGUCCCUGUGCCCAAAGGGGCCAUUGCCAGAAGCAGGGCUGCCAGUGAGGCCAAGGCAGCCCAUGCCAAGGGGAAGCCGAAGGCCAAGAAGGGGGCUGCCAGAGGGCAGGAGAAAGAAGAGGCACCUGCUGGCUCUGAGGCACCUGCUGGCUCUGAGGCCUGA